AUGCAGGACGCCUGGACUGCUCGCAAAGCUGAGGAGAUCCAAGGCUACGCGGACCGCAACGAAUGGAAGAACUUCUUCUCCGCGAUCAAAGCUGUUUACGGUCCGCCGACGAAGGGCACUGCUCCUCUCCUCAGCGCCGACGGCAGCACACUCCUGACUGAGAAGACGCAAAUCCUACAGCGAUGGGCCGAGCAUUUCCAGGGCGUCCUCAACCGCCCUUCCGUCAUCUCCGACGCAACCAUCGCCCGCUUGCCGCAAGUGGAGACCAACGUGGACCUCGACCUCCCGCCAUCUCUCCAGGAGACCAUCAGGGCCGUGCAGCAACUCUCCAGCGGGAAAGCACCCGGAUCGGACGCAAUCCCUGCUGAGGUCUACAAGCACGGAGGUCCCCUACUGAUGGAUCACCUGACUGCGCUCUUCCAGGAGAUGUGGCGUCAAGGUGAAGUCCCGCAAGAUUUCAAGGACGCAACUACCGUGCACCUAUACAAGCGAAAAGGAAUCGCCAAGUCUGCGACAACCACCGCGGCAUCUCCCUACUGAACAUCGCCGGGAAGAUCUUCGCUCGCAUCCUGCUCAACCGCCUCAACAACCAUCUGGAACAGGGCCUUCUGCCGGAAAGCCAAUGCGGCUUCCGUCGUCAUCGUGGGACCACAGAUAUGAUCUUCGCCGCCCGCCAACUUCAGGAGAAGUGCCAGGAGAUGCGGACCCACCUGUACUCUACCUUCGUGGACCUGACGAAAGCCUUCGACACGGUGAAUCGUGAAGGACUGUGGAAGAUCAUGCAGAAAUUCGGCUGUCCGGAGCGAUUCACUCAGAUGGUGCGUCAGCUGCACGACGGUAUGAUGGCGCGAGUCACGGACAACGGAGCUGUCUCAGAGGCAUUCGCAGUGACCAACGGAGUGAAGCAGGGCUGUGUGCUGGCGCCUACCUUCUUCAGUUUUAUGUUCUCUGCCAUGCUGAUAAACGAAUACCGCGACGAACGCCCUGGAAUCCGCAGCGCCUACAGGACAGACGGUCACUUCCUGAAUCACCGGCGCAUGAACUUCCAAUCGCGCGUAUCCACAGCCACCGUGCACGAACUCCUCUUCGCCGACGACUGCGCCCUGAACACCACCUCCGAAGGGGAGAUGCAACGCAGAAUGGACCUGUUCUCCGCCGCCUGCGAGAACUUCGGUCUAAUCAUUAACACGCAGAAGACGGUGGUAAUGCACCACCCUCCGCCCAACUCAGCCACAACCCCCAACGCGCCGCACAUCAAUGUGAAUGGGACCCAACUGCAAGUGGUAGAGAACUUCCCGUACCUGGGCAGUACUCUCUCCCGCAACACAGAGAUCGAUGACGAAGUCGCCAACAGAAUCUCGAAAGCCAGUCAAGCCUUCGGACGCCUCCGAAGCACAGUCUGGAAUCGCCACGGUCUCCAACUGAGCACAAAGCUAAAGAUGUACAAGGCCGUCAUCCUGCCGACGUUACUGUACGGAGCAGAGACAUGGACGGUGUACACGAGACAGGCACGCCGACUGAACCACUUUCACCUCAGUUGUCUCCGUCGCAUCCUGAGGCUGAACUGGCAGGAUCGAAUCCCCGACACGGAAGUACUGGAACGAACGGGUAUCCCCAGCAUCUUCGCCAUACUGAAACAAAUGCAGCUGCGCUGGAGCGGCCACCUGGUGCGCAUGGACGACGAGCGACUACCCAAACGACUCUUCUAUGGAGACGUCGCGUCGGGUUCUCGUCGUCAAGGAGGCCAAAUUCGCCGUUACAAGGAUACCCUGAAGUCCUCCCUGAAGCGCCGGCAAAUCAACCCGACCAACUGGGAAGAGCUCGCUCGCGAUCGUCCGACAUGGAGGAGAACAGUGAAGACGGGCGCUGCUAUCUACUAAGCCAACCGCAUCGCCGCCGCCAAAGUGAAACGCGAAGCCCGCAAAUCACAAUCUCGCCCAGUACGCAACGCCGCCGCACAACCGCUCCCUACGUGUCCUCGAUGUCAACGGACAUUCCGGGCACGAAUCGGACUUGUUGGGCAUCUCCGAACCAACUGUGCUUCUCGAACUGCUCCAGCCAUCGUCCCCCCGCCCGCCUCUUCCUCGUCCUCUCUGUCGCCAACUAACUCUGACACUCCUUCUGCACCACCACUUCCAUCCUCCUCCUUCUCCUCCACUGCCUCAGCGGCGGGCGUUCAGACUGCCGUCUCACACAUCACCAACCCCGACACAAUAACCGCCACCACCCCCACCUCUCCCGAUUCCAGUGAUGAGGAUCAGGACUACACCUGCCCUCACUGCGACCGCACCUUCACCUCUCGCAUCGGCCUUGUCGGUCACUUGCGAAUCCAUCGCACAGAGCCUGGUGAACCAGUGCCUGGAGCACCAACCUACACCCACCGCACUCGCCUCCACUGCCCACACUGCCCUCGUACCUUCACGCAUCGCAUGGGUCUAUUCGGCCACAUGCGCAUCCACGAGAGCGGAAUUGACCACAAUUCCGAUACAGCCACGACAUCCAACACAUCCACCGCGCCCAGACCCAUCCUCGCUCCACUGUCACACGCGCCGACCACCACCACCGCCACCACCACCAACACCACUGCUUCCUCUACAGCUGACACCGACUUCACCUGCCCACACUCUGCACGCACAUUCACCUCUCGCAUCGGCCUUGUCGGUCACUUGCGAAUCCAUCGCACAGAGACUGGAGAACCAGUGCCUGGAGCACCAACCUACACCCACCAAGCACGCCUCCACUGCCCACACUGUCCUCGCACUUUCAGGCAUCGUAUGGACCUAUUCGGCCACAUGCGCAUCCACGACGACCUGCGGUAG